UAUAACACACUUCCGGUGUCGGUUAAAGCAUAUGAAAUGUGAAGAAAGUUUACAAGUCAACGAAGUUGAGCAGUGUCAGCCAGAUAACAAUGGCAGCUAAAUCUCCUGCCACCCCACCAUACUCCCCUGAAAACUUUAACCUAGAGACGAAACUGAUAGUCCUGAACUUUAUAGGAUACAAUCCUCACGACUCGCCUUCACAGUCCAUCCAGUCUACAGACUUAUUCAGAGGAAGAUUCUGCCACUCUUUGCCUGUGACUCCCGACUUACAUAAGCAUUGCCAUCACAGAUCAUUCUUACAAAAACAGAAAACUGCAGAUCAUCUGUAUGCUCAACAAUCUUCAUCUUCUAUCACCGAGGAACAGGCCCCGAGACGAAAAUCCUGGUCCCUAGAAGCUGUGUCACCUUCUAAACUGUCUUUAAAUUUCAAGAAAAAUGUCACAUUGAAUUUCAAAUCUCAAGUUCGGUCACCUUCCACAGACAAGGAGAGUUCAGAUGACUACAGAGCAGACGAUGAAAUGUCCCAGAAUGCCUCACCAUGUGUUCAAUCAAACGACCUCAAUGCUGAGCAGGUUAUGUCUCCAGGGAAUGAUGCCUGGCUCCAUCCUGAUACUCUAUUUUCAUCGCAUAAGGCAGCCACAACAACUACCCCCAAGUCAUUAGGGUUUGAACCUUCCCUGGAGGACUGGAAGAAUUUGGAGGCUGCUGUGCCAAUGACUGAAGGAGAAGAUGAGUUGAAUGAGAUUUCUCCUGAGAUACAGGAGUUUAUGGAAUCGCUCCUCUCUGAUGUGGUUAGACUGGUUGUGGAGAGAGAAAUAAAAAGGCAACAGAAAAGAUUAGAUGAGGUGGAUGCCCAUAAUGGUUUUGACAAGGGAGAAUAUCAAAGAGAAAUCAGUGGAAAUGAUGACAUUUCCUCAUCAUCAGCUGACUCCUGCUCCAGUAUGUCUAUAGAGAACGUUGGCCCCUCCCCCGAGGACGUGGACUCUGUCACUUCUCACGAGAUUGACGGCUGUAGCUGCCAUAGUGUUAUUACUCCUCCCACUGACUUCACACCCGGUGACAGAUCUAAGCUCCGCCUUCAUAUUGUCAAUCAUUCCUCCCCAGCUGUAGAGGAGAGUGUUCUAAAUUGUAUGAGGGCGGAACUUAGUGAAGAACUCUACUCACUGGAGUCAGAGUUAGAGAAUGUUUUAAGGAAACAGAGAAAUGGAGAAGUUGUGUCCCCCCUUUUGACCCCUCCUCUGACCCCCCAGUCCAAUGCUGCCCGGGUCCUGGCAAGAAUAGGAGAUGAGGUUCGUGCCAGAUACGAGUUUCAGUUGGAGGACGCGCUUCAUCGACUUUUUAUUGGAGGUCAACAGACCUUUUCAUAUGAAGCCUUCAGGGAGUCAGCCAAUCAAAUCGUGGAUCAGAAUUUGCCAGGCUGGAGACAGGUUGUGUUACUGUUGGUGUAUGGACAGAGUGUUACAUGGAGAGCGGUGGAGUCAGGACACAGGGGAAUAGGGAACCUGAUCAGUUAUACCACACGACUUUUGUCUGAUUAUGCAGCAGACUUCAUCAUAAAUCAAGGAGGAUGGGAAGCUGUCAUGAGUUUAGAGUCCUCCGUAGAAACUUCACCAGACCAACAGAUAGGCCAGUACCCUUUAAAUUCCCAGCACGUCACUGACCAAUCACAUACCUCAAAUCAGUCACACCACCCACUACAUUCCAAACAGCUCAACAGCCAAUCACAUUCCAUGUACGAGUCAUGUGCCAUGUCAGUGAAACCAGGUGACCUCUUCAGUAACCAUCAAAAUGUCACUGCCAAUAACAGCAGUUACCAUGACAGCGAGGUGAUGUCAAUAUUUGUCGACCCUACUCAGGUAAUUGAGUCUGUGUCACAAGGAAGCUUGUCUGCGGCAGAAUCUGAUGAGGCCUCAUCACCUGGUGUACCGUCUGUCUCGGCAAUCAUCUCAGAAUCUGAUAUCUCCUCAGGAAGGUUCCAAGGCUGGGAUGACCAUGUGUUUACUAGAUCUAGAAGUGAAGACUACUGGUCAAGUAUGCUCAUGAUGUUUUUUAAUGUUGGUACUUUGAUUACCAUUAUUUAUUUGUCUCAAAGUGGGAGGAGCAUUUAAUUGAAAUUAAGUUGUUAGCUAUUUAAUUUUGCUCAAUUCUAAGUUUGUGUUUUGUUGUGAUUCAUGAUUGAUGCUUAAUAAGCAGAUAUAUGAUUUGGUUUCAUAAAUGAAUCAGAAUUUAUGUUAAAUGUAAGUCUAUUUUAUUAUAUUGUUUAUUUUUACUAACAGUAUAUAUAUUUUCAAGAAAUAUGAAUUUAAACACAAAAAUGUGCACCUAAAUAAGCAAUAUGUGUUCAUACGAGUUUUAUUUUUCUUUAGUGAUUAUUGUUGCUAUAAGUGUAAAAUAAAAGUGCAUGCAAUUUGUAAAUUAUUUUUAUUACUGCAUUUGCAUUGACAUUUAUGUUUGUCAAAGAAAAGGGACUGCUUUAAGGAAGUGAAAAUCACAUUAGUUUUUUUGAUAUAUAAGGAAGAUGGAUUAUCUGUUGUUGAUCUGACUUUUUAUUGCCUUAACAUUCCUUUUGCAUGUAAUUCUUUUCAUAUACUUUCCCAUUGUCUCUACAUUUGACCAUAAAGUUUUUAUUUGGUGCAUUUGGAAAAAAAUAUUUUCAAAUAAAAAAAAAAUGCCUUAUUCAAAAUAUGUCUAUAUAUGUACUGUAGAUCACUAAAUUUUCGCGACACCUUAUUUUCGCGAGAUAGUCAUUGACUCUUAAUUAGCGAGACAAAAUUUUCGCGAAUUGUGGUUAUUACUCUAUAUAUUCUUAAGGAAUACUAUUAUACGCGAGAAUUCAUUUUUCGCGAGCAUA